AUGGGUUGUUGUUGUGGUUGGAAGAAGUUGUAUGGCAUCGGUAGUUCACUUUCUGCACCAAUGUUACCACUCUCACCCUUUCGCCCUCUCUCUUCUUCUUCUUCCUCCAUUUCCCCACUAGUACAACACCAACAACAACCAAAGCCACAACUACGAAGCUCACAACUCGUAGCAUUGGAAUACGCUGACCUCAACCUCUCCAACAAUUUGGAACUGGGUCAUGUCAGAAUCAGGCAACAUGUUAAUCCCCUCAGUUCUUCUUUCGCUACUCCUGCACAAGUACCAGACUGGAACCAGGUCUUUGCAGACCCUGGAUUGCCACUCAUGGUAGAUAUUGGAUGUGGCAGUGGCAGGUUUCUUAUGUGGCUUGCAAAAAGAACACCUGAAGUGAGAAACUAUUUGGGAUUGGAAAUAAGACAGAGGAUGGUCAAGCGUGCUGAGUUAUGGGUAAAAGACCUGGCUCUAGAUAACAUAUAUUUCUUGUUUGCAAAUGCCCCAAUUUCUUUCAAGCAGUUAGUAGAAUCAUAUCCCGGGCCAUUGCAGUUAGUUUCAAUUUUGUGUCCAGACCCUCAUUUCAAGAAAAAACAUCAUAAAAGAAGAGUUCUGCAGAAGCCUUUGGUUGGUGCUAUUGUAGACAACUUAACUCCUGGGGGACAGGUGUUCAUACAGUCUGAUGUGGUUGAAGUGGCACUUGACAUGAAAAACCAGUUUGAUGAAGUUGAUGCACUUAGUCACAUAGAUGCUUUAAACCCUGCUAUACUGUGUGACCGUGAAGGAUGGUUAUUAAGCAACCCUAUGGGGAUUAGGACUGAGAGAGAGAUUCAUGCAGAAUUCGAAGGAGCAAAAAUCUAUCGAAGGUUGUACGAGAAGAAGCAGAUGUGA